AUGGAAAGACUAUUUGUAUUGCUGCUACUUCUGUUUCUGCUCUUGCUGCCUCAAGCAGAAGCCAAACUGCACCCUAUGAUAUGCCAAACAAAUGAUGCUAUCCACGUCCAACAUCAGUAUUACCAACCAGGAGAUGUCCUCAUUGGUGGAAUCACGUCUCAGCUCUUCUCCCCUUCUUACUCCCCUAUUCUUUUUAAGGAGAAUCCCCAGGCUGUACUUAUUGAUGAAUAUGCAAAAAAAGGCUUCAGUAAUGAAUUUAGAAAAACUAUAUCCAGCGUUUUUGAAUUGAAUGAAAAACCUUCUACUGCAGAUGAGCAGCUGCAAGAACGCACAGUAGUACCACUAAUUCCAGAGAAGGAAUUCCAGAAAGAGCAUUUAAGCACAGUACCAAAGAACUACCAGCACAUUCUGUCCUUAGUGUUUGCUGUGAAAGAGAUCAACGAAAACCCCAAGCUUUUACCCAACCACACUUUGGGGUUCCACUUCUAUGAAAGCUACUUCAAUGCACGGACGACUUACCAGAACACCUUGAACCUUGUCUUCAGCCAGAAUUGGACUCUCCUAAACUACAAAUGUGACCAUAAGAAUCUUAUAGCAGUCAUAGGAGGUCUCGACUCUGAAACUUCUCUCUACAUGGCCACCCUCUUAGGUAUCUACAAGAUUCCACAGAUCACCUACAGCUUAUUUGCUUCAGCAGUGAGUGACAAAACUCAUCUCUCGUCCUUGUACCAAAUGGUCCCAAAUGAAGCACAUCAGUAUACUGGGAUUGUCUGGCUUCUUCUGCAUUUCCAGUGGAAGUGGGUCGGGCUCAUCGCAGUGGGUGAUGAUAAAGGUGAAAAGUUCGUGCAGGCUUUGACACACCUCUUUUCCCAGAACGGCAUCUGUCCUGCCUUCACUGAAAUACUCAUAUCUCACAGUGAUUUUUUAGACGCAUCCUUUCUGAUUGAACGCUUUCUGGAUGCCUUCAAGUUCUUAACCAAUACAGAUGUGAAUAUAUUUGUUAUAAAUGCAGAGAUUCGAACCAUGGUAACUAUGCAGUGGUUGUUAUUGGUUGCAGAACUGGAUGCUACAACAUCUAUCAGCAAGGUGUGGGUGAUGACAGCCCAUUGGGAUUUCUCAUCUGAGACUCUCCACAGGACCCUGGAUAUACAAGUCUUCCAUGGUGCUUUAUCCUUUGCCAUUCCCUCCAAUGAGCUGCAUGGGUUUCAAAGUUUUCUUCAGACCCUGAGACCCUACUCUGACAGAGAUGGUUUUAUCAGAGUCUUCUGGCAACAGGCAUUUGACUGCUUAUUUCUAGAUAGUGGCAAGAGUAAGGAGACCAAGAAAAGUUGCACUGGAGAAGAAAAGCUGGAGAGCCUUCCGGGUCCAUUUUUUGAAAUGAGUAUGACGGGCCACAGCUACAACAUCUAUAAUGCUGUCUAUGCUGUGGCACAUGCAUUACAUGCCAUGCAUUCAUCCAGAAACAAGCACAAAGCAAUGAUGCACCCAUUUCUGAGGAGCAUCUCAUUCAACAACAGUGCUGGAGAUGAGGUAUCAUUUGAUAAGAAUGGUGAAUUAGUAGGUCGAUUUGAUAUCCUAAACUGGAUCACAUUCUCAAACCAGUCCUUCUUGAAAGUGAAAGUUGGGAAAAUGGAUCCCCAAGAUCCCCAGGGCAAAGAGUUUUCCAUUAAUGAGAAAGUCAUUACAUGGCACAGCAGAUUUAAUCAGGCUGUACCCCUUGCUGUGUGUAAUGCGAACUGCCGUCCAGGUUACAGCAAGAAACGGAAAGAAGGGGAGCCAUUUUGUUGCUAUGAGUGCGCCCAAUGUCCAGAAAGGAAGAUUUCAAACCAAAAUGAUGCAAAUGACUGUUUCCAAUGUCCGGAAGAUCAAUAUCCAACUGAUGAUCAAAAUCAAUGCCUUUCCAAGAUUCUAAACUCCUUGUCUUAUGAUGAGCCAUUGGGCAUCAGCUUGGCUGCUUUGGCUCUCUGCCUUUCUGGGACAGCAGCCGUGGUGCUAGGCAUCUUCAUCAGGCACCGUAACACACCUAUCGUCAAAGCCAAUAACCGGAGCCUCACCUACACUUUGCUCAUCUCCCUCCUGCUCUGCUUCCUCUGCUCCCUGUUGUUCAUUGGGUCGCCUCAGAUCAUGACCUGCCUUUUACGACAAACAGCUUUUGGCAUCAUCUUCUCAGUGGCUGUUUCUUCUGUGUUGGCCAAAACCAUCACUGUGGUUCUGGCUUUCAUGGCUACUAAACCAGGGUCCAGGAUGAGGAAAUGGCUGGGGAAACGAUGUUCAAACUUUGUCGUUCUUUGCUGCUCAUUUAUUCAGUCUAAUGUUUGCAUGGCAUGGCUGUGUACUUAUCCUCCAUUCCCAGACAUUGACAUGCACUCUCUGGAGGAAGAGAUCACAAUGGAAUGCAAUGAAGGAUCAGCCGUUAUGUUUUCCUGUGUUCUGGCGUACAUGGGACUUCUGGCUCUCAUCAGCUUCCUUGUGGCUUUCUUUGCUAGGAAAUUGCCGGACACCUUCAAUGAAGCCAAGUUUAUCACUUUCAGCAUGUUGAUAUUUUGUUGCGUGUGGCUGACGUUUGUUCCAACUUAUCUCAGCACCAAAGGGAAAUAUAUGGUGGCUGUGGAGAUCUUCUCUAUCCUGGCAUCCAGUGCUGGAUUGCUCGGUUGCAUCUUUUUCCCUAAAAUGUAUAUCGUUGUUUUGAUGCCUGAACUGAACUGCAAGGAGCAACUAAUAAAGAGUAAAAAGUAG